GUAGUGAUUGGCUAAAAAAAGUCUUGCCGCUAUCUGUGUAUUUUGGAUGACAAUUGACGUUUUUGACAGUCAAAUCAAACAAAAUGGCUUUGUUGGUUAUGGUGGUGUAUGCCGUCUUCCGUUAGUUUACGUUUUCCUGUUUUUCUUGAUCCAUCGUGUUCAAGGAGUUCGCUUUUUUCCAUCCAUUGGCUCCUCGUUUAUUAAAUUAGUUUAUAUUUGGAUUAUUUCUUAUUUCAUCGUCUUUUGGUAGGCAAGAAGCAACUGAAAUACAAACACCGACUCUGAACGAGUCUCUAAAUUUUGAUAAUAGUCUUCAGGAUACAAAUGGAUUGAAGGUUCUACUUAAACAUAUAUUAACAAUUAAGGAACAGAACAGAAAAAUUCUAAAUAUUUUGGAGAAAUCAAAACCAUUUAAAAAUUCAGAUUUACCUGAUGACUUCAAAAUAAAAUUGCCAAUAGAAUCCUUACAAGACCUGGAAGAACUAGAGAUAUGUUUGGCAGAAGAAGAGAACUUCAACACUUUUAAAUCAAACUGUGCCUCAAUUUCAAACCUGAAAGAUGUUACCCAGAAGAAUAAUAGGAUAUUAAGAUCUCUUUUGACAGAUAAUAUUGCGAAGCAUUUUAAUUACUUCGGUAACAACUGGCGGCAUGACAGAGUAUCAAAUAAGCGACCAUUUAAUUAACUGCGCUUAAACAAAGUGGUUCUAGGUGAGUUGCUCUAGGGUAGAGCGCUGGUUAAAACAUGCUCCUAACCGUAACAAGAAAAAUUACUAAUUUGGAAUUGUUUUAAUUUUAGUUUUUUAUUUGAUUAAACAUGCAAAGGUUUUAUAAAGAAUCUGUAGGUGAACGCCAAAUGUGUAGGAGGGUGGCUAAGGAACUUAAAAAUACGAUUGAAGGUCUUAAUAGUAAUUUAAAUCAGGCUUCUUCCCUUGUUAGUAAAACAGUAGUACAUAGUGAUACCGUUAAUAUAAUUUCUAGUACUGAUGUCACUAGAAGUAAUUUAAAUCAGACUUCUUCACUUGUUAGUAAAACAGUAGUAGAUAGUGAUUCCGUUAAUAUAAUUUCUAGUACUGAUGUCACCAACUCUAAAGUUAGUUCUGAAAAUUUAAUUAAUAGUAAUAAUAUUAGUGAAAUUGAAAAUGACACGAGCAUAGAAUCUGACUUUGAAAUGGAUUUAGAGUUAAUAAGUUGUUUAGAUAAUGCAAGUAACUCCAAUAAAUUUCAAAAAAACUCUUACGACUUACAUGGUGAACUAAAGAGAUGGGCAAUUCGUAACAAAGUCACUCAUAGUACAGUAACUGAUCUUCUUCAUGUGUUAGUUCCAGUUCAUCCAGAAUUACCUCUGAGUUCUAAGACUCUUUUGAACACACCAACUACUAUUACCUUAAAAAAAAAACUAACUUCAGGCAGUUAUGUUCAUUUUGGAUUGGAAAAUUAUCUUAAAUUCUAUAUUUCUACAAAUGAUUCAAUAAUUUCAAACGAUAUUCUAAUAUCUUUUAAUAUUGAUGGUUUACCUCUUUUUAAAAGCUCUUCAGUGCAGUUUUGGCCUAUCUUGGGUUUAAUUGUAAAUAGCAGUAUAAAAGUGAAACCAUUCGCUAUAGGUGUUUUUUGUGGAAAUUCUAAACCUAGCCCACUGGCUGAUUAUUUGAAUGACUUUAUUAAUGAUCUUAAAUUUUUACUGGAGAAUGGUCUAACCUUUAAAGAUAAAGAAUAUAGGAUACAUGUUCAUAGUUUCAUUUGUGAUGCUCCAGCUCGAGCCUUUAUAAAAUGUAUAAAAUCGCACAACGGUUAUUCAGGGUGUGAUAAAUGUACUGAAGAAGGAGACUACUUUAAACAUAGGAUGAUUUUUAAUAACAUUUUGGCACCAAGGAGAUCGGAUCAGUCAUUUUUGCUAAAAUCUGAUCAGAAUCAUCAUACUGGAAUUUCACCUUUGGAAGUCUUAAAUAUAGGAUUGGUUUCAAAAUUUCCAAUUGACUCUAUGCAUUGUUUAUACUUAGGUGUUAUGAAAAAACUUCUUCUCACAUGGAUAUGUGGUGACUUGCGUGUUCGGUUAUGUGGUAGGGAUGUUACAAACAUAUCAGAAAACUUAAUUUUUUAUGGAAAAUUUGUUGUCUCAGAGUUCAAUAGAAAACCUCGAAGUCUUUCAGAGGUAGCUCGUUUUAAAGCAACAGAAUUUAGAACUCUUUUGCUUUAUUUAGGAGUCCUAGUUUUAAAAAAUAUUGAUAAGGCUAUGUAUGAACACUUUCUUCUAUUGCAUUCUUCUGUUACUAUCCUGUUAUCUAAAAGGCACUUAGCAAAUUUUGGUUGUGAUGUUCCUAGAAAAUUACUGGACUGCUUUAUAACCCAUUCCAAAGACCUGUAUGGAUUAGAGUUUUUAAUUUAUAAUGUUCAUGUAUUGUGUCACUUGAGUGAAGAAGCUCGGUUGUUUGGUCCAUUGGACCAGAUUUCUGCUUUUCCUUUUGAAAACUAUUUAAAUGAAAUAAAAAAGUCAGUGAAAUCGCCUAAUAAACCAUUAGAACAAUUGUUUUGUCGCCUGACAGAAGCUAAUACUAUAUCAGUAAUUAAUGAUAGUGUCACAAAGAAAUGUGAAAUUCAACAUUUUAAUGGUCCACUGUUACAUUUAUCUUUUAAUUCUACUAAACAGUAUAAUAAGCUUAAAUAUAAUAAUAUUGUGUAUACUGUAGAAGCACAUUCCAAUGUCAACUGUUAUUGUCUAAACAACGAAUAUUGUGUAAUAAAAAUUAAUAACAUAGUUAAUGCUAAAAAUGAAUAUUUUUUAAUAGGUCAAAAGUUUACAUCUUACGAAUCUUUCUAUAAUUACCCUUUUGAAUCAAAAUCACUUAAUAUUUGCAUCGUAAGUAAACUACUUCAAAAUAUGGAACUUUUUAAUCUCGACAGUAUAAUUACAAAAUGUAUGUUAUUCCCUCUUGAUCCACCCAACAACAGUAAAUGGUUAUCAUUUCCUUUAUUAUAAAGUAAAUAUUUUAGCAUUAUUAUGGAAAAAACAAACUUCGGCAGACUUUUACAAAAAUAAAUGUUACUUUUAAUGGAGGAGGGUAUACUUUUAAGAGGGACAUUUGGCCAUUUAUGAAAAAAAAUUAAAUUCUUUCAAACAUUUAGAAAUGAGCAAUGUAAAAGUACAUUUUUAUUUUUUCGAAUCUAAAAUAAAUUAAAUAAAAAUAGUAAUAAAUUAAAGUCUUCUAUCAGAUAUUGUCAAAAUUGUAAAGUGGCAACAUAUGGUUUUUAAGGGUGCAUUUAAAUUUAAAAUGGUGGGAAAAUCAAAAUUGUAAACCGUUAAAUUCCUUUCAUAAAUUCUUAACCAAAAUACUUCAUAGAAUACCUCGCAUAUUUUUCCAUGUUGAAUUAAAAUAUCGUUGUCAAAAAAUAGUUUGAUGAAAUUUGGUGAUAUUUCACUGAAGCGCAAUAACUGUCUUUACAAAGUAAUUUUUAAGAACGAUAUUUUAUUGCAACAUGGACUAAGUAAGAUAGGUAUUCUAUGAAGUAUUUUGGUUAAGAAUUUAUGAAAGGAAUUUAAAUGGUUUGCAUUUUUCGUUUUCAUCCCAUUUUUAACGUAACCGCAUCCUUAAAUUAUUGAUGACUAAUUGUUAAAGUUGUCAUUUCCUUUGAAUCACAUCCCGCCAUGACUAUUUAAACAUAUUAUUUUGAAAAAUUAGCUUGCAUAUAAAAAAAUUAAUAAUUAUCUUGUGUUCUGCCGAAUAUUUGUUUUAAAAUUUUAUUUCGAUAAAAAAAUAUUUGAAAAACAAAACAAAAAUAAAAAUUCCAAUAUUCGAAUGGUCGUAAGUAUUUUUUUUUUAAUAUAAACACAAGUUUUUAAGGAUAAGUAUAAAAUUUGCAAGAUGUUGAUGUAUAAAAUGUAACAUCUUUAUUUAAAAAUAGUCAAAAAAUUUAAAAAUAAAAAUAUUCUCGAUUAUGUUCAAAUUUUUAAUGAAUUAAAUUUUUUGACUAUUUAAAAAAGUAUGUUUUACACAUCAAUAUUUUGCAAAUUUUAUGAAAAAGAUUAUUAUUAAAAAGUUAUAUUUAUUAAAAAAAAAUACUUAUUUAUGACCAUUCAAAUAUUAUUUUUAAAUAGCCAUGGGGAUGCGAUUCAAGAUUUUCAAAAAGAUACAUUGUCAAGUAUGAUACAUCACUAGAUUUGAAAUUUUGUGAAGAACAAAAUUGUCACAAAAAAAUUAUCUCAUUUCCGGUUAAACCGGAAGUAAUAAUUGAAGCACCGCCAAAAGCUGAAUAUUUAUGUGAUUUCAAAAUAAUCCGUUUAUUAACAAAAAAGUUAUUCACUGUUACCUGAUCUCGUCACCAGGUAUAUCUUAGCCACCCUACCUGCCAUUUGCUUUACAAAGUUUCUUGUAUUUUAUAUCCAUAUGUCAUUUUACAAAGUUUUUUGUAUUUUAUAUAAUAAAAGUUUUGACAGAG